GGCGACAAAUGCUGGGCAUGACUGAACAUUGUUGCAUGUCUUAGGGUUAAGGUCUUUGUCUUGAACACAUUCUUUCCGAUACGUUUUGCUUUAGAAUGUGUAACGAUGUGGGCGUCGAUUUUGAUAAGUGUUGCAGUCAUUUCUCGUAUGUUUUCAAGAAAGAUACAACUUUUGUGAUGUCUUGAUUUCUGUAGGUUUUCGUCAGAAGACUUACAAGUGUCCAGGAUUAUUCCAUUUGCGGACGAGGAACUCAACAAUGAGGAGCAGGAUUCCAACAUGUUUAUUUGUGUAUCUGAUGUCAUUUCACAGGUUGAUGUGAUCGACCAGUAUGUGGAAGGCUUGUUGACAGACAGAGGUUCAAAGUGGUCCGAGAGCUCUGAGCUGGAGAUUUUCUUGACAAAUCCGAGAAGGGAAUUUCUAAAGGGCUUUGGUUUCGGUUAUGUCUUGGACUUGGCUUAUACAUAUCUCGAAGCCUAUGUGGAAAAAAAGUUCUUCAAAUUGAAGCUUAGGGACAAACGGCGCCCCGCCACAUCUGGAUUUGUACACAAGCUAGUCCAGCUACCAGGAACCGAGCGAAUUCAGAAGAUUUUAAAUGUGGAUGGGUACGAAGGGACAGUCAGGAAUAGGAGAUGUAAGGAAGCUUUGGUUCGGGAUGUAGUCGCACUGCUUGUAUCCAACAAACUGCACAUAUCUUUACCAGAAGCAAGACGAAGAUGCUGUCAAACUGAACAUUCAUCGUUACACACGGCACUUAAAAAAAGUGAACAAUUAAGAGCACACCGCUUAAUCAGCAGUACCGAGUCGUAA